CCUUGUCGCCGCCACCGCUGCAGAGCCUCGUAGCUCCGCCGCGCUCCCGCGCCCCGCGCCGCCAGCCGCCUGGGAGCCCGAGCGCCGAGCCCGGGGCGGAGGAGAGGGGCGCUGGCGCGAGAGCCCGGGCGAGGGAGCCUCGAAGGGAGAAGGGGGCGGGCGGAGGGAGGAGCAGGGAGAGUGGGAGAAGGGGGAGGGAGAGAGGAGAGCGAGGGAGAGCUGGAGAGAGCGAGAGCAAAGAGCGAGCGAGGGAGAGGAGAGAGAGAGAGAGGAGAGAGAAAGACACACGCACGCAGAGACACACGGUCACUGGAAUUCCAUUAGAAAAAAGUGAGCCGAGCAAGGGUUAGCGGGAGAAGAUUUUUUUGAAUCUUGUCUUCGUCUUGGUGCGAAAGAAGCGACUCCAGUCUCUCGUCCUCGAAGCUCCGACUGGAUUGUUCUUGGGCGCUGACACCCGUCUGUGGAUUUCUUUUCUAUUUGCAUUUUAUUCCGACCCCCUCCCUCGCCGCUUCCUUCCAGCCCUUCACUCGCAAAUCGCCUCUCUCCCCACCUCCCCAGGCCCCUCCUGGGAAGCGCAGGGGAAUUGGACCCGCGGGGACUCACGCCUUCCCGGACGAUUGGAGGGGAGGGCUGACCCCAGGACUGGGCUGACCCCAGGACUGGGCUGUUGGCUUAGAAAGCCGAUACACAGAUACGCGUAUAUUUGAUUGUAGCGGGCAAGGGGGGCGUCGAGAGGCAGCCCAUCGCCCGCCUCUCACCCCACCCCCUCCAGCCAGAGGCGAGAAUCGCAGGACUCGGGAUCUUCAUCGGGUGGACUAGCUGGGAUCUCCGCAUUGGAUUUGGGGCUGAUUACCACUGCUUGGCUAUUAUUAUUGUUGUUGUUACUAUUAUUAUUAUUUUUUUUACCCAAGGGACAAAGACAAAAAAACGGUGGGAUUUGUUUAACAUGAUCUUGGCAAACGUCUUCUGCCUCUUCUUUCUAGGGACAGGGGCAGACCCGGUGGUCAGCGCCAAGAGCAACCAUUGCCUGGAUGCUGCCAAGGCCUGCAACCUGAACGACAACUGCAAGAAGCUGCGCUCCUCCUACAUCUCCAUCUGCAACCGCGAGAUCUCGCCCACCGAGCGCUGCAACCGCCGCAAGUGCCACAAGGCCCUGCGCCAGUUCUUCGACCGGGUGCCCAGCGAGUACACCUACCGCAUGCUCUUCUGCUCCUGCCAAGACCAGGCGUGCGCCGAGCGCCGCCGGCAAACCAUCCUGCCCAGCUGCUCCUAUGAGGACAAGGAGAAGCCCAACUGCCUGGACCUGCGUGGCGUGUGCCGGACUGACCACCUGUGCCGGUCCCGGCUGGCCGACUUCCAUGCCAAUUGUCGAGCCUCCUACCAGACGGUCACCAGCUGCCCUGCGGACAAUUACCAGGCGUGUCUGGGCUCUUAUGCUGGCAUGAUUGGGUUUGACAUGACACCUAACUAUGUGGACUCCAGCCCCACUGGCAUCGUGGUGUCCCCCUGGUGCAGCUGUCGUGGCAGUGGGAACAUGGAGGAGGAGUGUGAGAAGUUCCUCAGGGACUUCACCGAGAACCCAUGCCUCCGGAACGCCAUCCAGGCCUUUGGCAACGGCACGGAUGUGAACGUGUCCCCAAAAGGCCCCUCGUUCCAGGCCACCCAGGCCCCUCGGGUGGAGAAGACGCCUUCUUUGCCAGAUGACCUCAGUGACAGUACCAGCUUGGGGACCAGUGUCAUCACCACCUGCACGUCUGUCCAGGAGCAGGGGCUGAAGGCCAACAACUCCAAAGAGUUAAGCAUGUGCUUCACAGAGCUCACAACAAAUAUCAUCCCAGGGAGUAACAAGGUGAUCAAACCUAACUCAGGCCCCAGCAGAGCCAGACCGUCGGCUGCCUUGACCGUGCUGUCUGUCCUGAUGCUGAAACUGGCCUUGUAGGCUGUGGGAACCGAGUCAGAAGAUUUUUGAAAGCUACGCAGACAAGAACAGCCGCCUGAUGAAAUGGAAACACACACAGACACACACACACCUUGCAAAAAAAAAUUGUUUUUCCCACCUUGUCGCUGAACCUGUCUCCUCCCAGGUUUCUUCUCUGGAGAAGUUUUUGUAAACCAAACAGACAAGCAGGCAGGCAGCCUGAGAGCUGGCCCAGGGGUCCCCUGGCAGGGGAAACUCUGGUGCCGAGGAGGGCACGAUGCUCUAGAAAUGCCCUUCACUUUCUCCUGGUGUUUUUCUCUCUGGACCCUUCUGAAGCGGAGACCGGACAAGAGCCUGCAGCGGAAGGGACUCUGGGCUGUGCCUGAGGCUGGCUGGGGGCAGGACAACACAGCUGCUUCCCCAGGCUGCCCACUCUGGGGACCUGCUGGGGGCUGGCAGAGGGCAUCGGUCAGCGGGGCAGUGGGGCUGGCCAUGAGGGUCCACCUUCAGCCCUUUGGCUUCAAGGAUGGAGAUGGUUUUGCCCUCCCUCUCUGCCCUCGGGUGAGGCUGGUGGGUCUGCAGCUGGUGUGGGAACUUCCCCACGGAUGGCGGUGGAGGGGGUUAGCACCGCGCUGGGCUCCCCCUGACUGUAGCAUGGAGUGGUGGCGCUGGGGGCCAGCUCCAGGAGGGCUUGAGAGCUCAGCCUGCCUGGGAGAGCCCUUGUGGCAAGGCAUUAAAACUUGGGCACCAGCUUCUUUCUUGGUGGCAGAAAUUUUGAAGUCAGAGAGAAAUGGUCCUUUGUUGGCUUCUUUGGUUUCUCGUGGGUCCUUUGGCAGGUCUCCCUUUGGGGAGAGGGAGAGGAGAGACCACAGCCGGGUGUGUAUCUGCAGCACCGUGGUCCCUCAAGCUCUCCUGAUGUCUUCUCCCUCCUCCUCCUUUCCACUUUCUCUUUCCUAAUUUCCUAGACAUACGUCAACUGUAUGUACAUACCGGGGCUCCUCUCCCAACAUAUAUGUAUAUACACAUCCAUAUACAUAUAUUGUGUGGUUUCCCCUUUCUUUCCUUUUUUUAAGCAACAAAAGUAUGGAAAUAAUACCCCAACAGAUGAGCGAAAAUGUAUUAUUGUAAAGUUUAUUUUUUUUAACACUGUUGUCUAUAAUGGGGAAAAAGGACAUUGGCCCAGCAGUGCCCUGCUCCAGUCAGCUUGGCUGGGCUCUGGUGGGGGCUCCUGAUCAGCAUCCACGCUUAACCAAGGCUCCAAUAAACGUGCUAGGAAGCAA